CAAGUAAUAAGCUCUGAAUGGUGUAACCUACGAAAAGGGAUGAUUGGCAUUGUGUUGAAACCUGUGUGUGUUGUGAAAAAACAUGAGGACACCAGGAGUCACUUGCACCGUCUACUAAAAUUCACAGUAUUUGCAAUGACACUGAUUCCAAUUAAUAGGUUCCCAUUAAAAUAUACUCCAUGCACAUAAUAAUUUUCACUUUGCAAGUGUGGAACGGCUCCUUCUGUUGAAAGGAAUAGGAGAGCGUGUCCAUGCAAACUCUUCACGGUGCAUACAAGUUCAUGGAUUCAGCCUCUGAAUGUCUGUUCCCAGGACUAUCUAAUCUAUUUAGCUGCGAACACAGACAUGAAUAAUCACACGGAGCCUUAUCCUGUGGAUUUGAAGUUAUUAGCCAGAGAAUUUGGUCUGUUAUCUUCACCUGUUACUUUUGUUUUAACCACCAAACGGAAUGACCUUUGAUUAAAUAUAGCCAAUUGUGUUGAAUGCAUCACGACUGAAGUGUACUUUGAUCUGCAGCAAGAAUAUAAAUAGAAAGGCAAAGCAGAGCACUCAACAACGGCAAUUGUCCAAGACAACAUGAGGGUCUUUCUUCUCCUAGUUGCUUUUGAGCUUUCUUGGGCUCAGUAUAACCCAAAUACAAAGCCCGGAAGGACAUCAAUUGUCCAUCUCUUCGAAUGGCGUUGGGCUGACAUUGCUCUGGAAUGCGAGCGUUAUUUGGCACCUAAUGGAUUUGGUGGAGUCCAGAUCUCCCCUCCAAAUGAAAACCUCGUUAUCACAAAUCCAUGGAGGCCAUGGUGGGAAAGAUACCAGCCCAUCAGUUACAAGCUAUGUUCACGAUCUGGAAAUGAGAAUGAAUUUAAAGACAUGGUGACCAGAUGCAACAAUGUUGGAGUAUAUAUUUAUGUUGACGCUGUAGUCAACCACAUGUGUGGAGCUGCUGCUGGAUCUGGCACCCACUCUACUUGUGGAAGCUAUUUUAAUUCAGAGACCCACGAUUUCCCUGCUGUCCCGUACUCCGGCUGGGAUUUCAACGACUGGAAAUGCAAAACUGGAAGUGGAGAGAUUGAAAAUUAUGGUGAUCCUUACCAGGUCCGCGACUGUCGCCUCGUUAGCCUUCUCGACCUUGCGCUCGAAAAGGACUAUGUGCGCUCCAAGGUUGCCGAGUAUAUGAACCAUCUGAUUGACAUUGGAGUAGCAGGAUUUCGAAUUGAUGCUUCCAAGCAUAUGUGGCCUGGGGACAUGAAAGCAUUCUUAGACAAGCUGAAAAAUCUGAGCACGACUUGGUUUGCUGAAGGAACAAGGCCUUUCAUCUUCCAAGAGGUAAUUGAUUUGGGUGGAGAGGCAAUUAAAGCCAGUGACUACUAUGGAAAUGGCCGGGUAACUGAAUUCAAAUAUGGUGCAAAACUAGGAACGGUCAUUCGCAAGUGGAGUGGAGAAAAGAUGGCUUAUUUAAAGAACUGGGGAGAAGGCUGGGGUUUUAUGCCUUCUGACAAAGCUGUUGUCUUUGUAGACAAUCAUGAUAACCAGAGGGGGCACGGUGCUGGUGGUUCUGCCAUUUUGACUUUCUGGGAUUCCAGGCAAUACAAAAUGGCAGUCGGCUUCAUGCUCGCUCACCCAUAUGGUUUCACCCGUGUGAUGUCAAGUUUCCGCUGGCCAAGAUACUUUGAGAAUGGAAAGGAUAUAAAUGACUGGGUUGGACCUCCGAGCAACGGCGAUGGGUCUACCAAAUCUGUUACCAUUAAUCCAGACACAACCUGUGGCAAUGACUGGGUCUGCGAACAUCGAUGGCGUCAAAUAAGGAACAUGGUAAUUUUCCGCAAUGUUGUGGACGGACAGCCAUUUACCAACUGGUGGGACAAUAACAGCAAUCAAGUGGCAUUUGGCCGUGGCAACAAAGGAUUCAUUGUCUUUAAUAAUGACGACUGGAACAUGUCUGAAACUCUGCAAACCGGCCUCCCUGCUGGCACUUACUGUGACAUCAUUUCUGGGCAGAAGGAAGGCAACGGCUGCAGCGGAAUUAAAAUCCAAGUCAAUGGCGAUGGCACAGCUUAUUUCCAGAUCAGCAACUAUGCCGAAGACCCCUUUGUCGCCAUCCAUGUCGAUGCUAAAUUAUAACUCGGGGAGAGGAAUGUCCUCACCUCGGUUUUGCUUUCCUAAAGCACUUCUGAGCGAGAUGGAGUAAUUUUGGAAUCCCUCAAAAGAAUAAAAAGUUGCAAUGCUCA